AUGUGUACUGUGUGUAUGGUUUGGCAGUGGAUUUGAGUUCAAUUUUCCACCAGAACAUCGCUGAGCUUCACUCUAAAUGGUUCGAAUUUGUAGCGCUUGACAGGCGUGUACGUCAAUCGAAACCAAAAACAUUACCGAAAUAAAAUAAAAGAAGAAGAAGAAGCGAACAAAACGCGAAUACGGAGAAAAACGAACCCAUUUCGCUUGUCAUUGAAGGGAAGAAAAAAAAGUAGCCAGCACACAUUGUAGCAUUUUUACUGUCAUUUACAGUUUGAAACGGGAAACCCUGCUUUGGAUAACAAAAAAUAUAUUGCACAAAAUUGCCAUUCGCUACAAAUUCAAAGCAUGUGCAACGUGACAGAAUAAUACAAAAGUGAAGUAAAUAGUAUCAAAAAUUAGUUUGAGGAUCAAAUUCGUAGCGAAAAAGCUUUGCUUCCAAUUAAUAAGUGAAUCUAAUCUAAGUAGGCAUUAAAUUGUCGACAAAACAAAACGAAAAUAGGAAUAAAAUUGUGAAAGAGAUUUCAAUUAAAUUCAAUAAACUCAAAGUUUUGAAGUGUGAUAGUUCUCGGCACUUGGCAAUUGUACGGGUGUCAAUUCAACUUUUGUUAUCCGUUCAUUCGUUCGGUCUAUCAAAUCCAUUGAAUACGGUAAUCAAAGAUAUUUCCAACAUUUCCAACUUGUGCUUCAACUUCCGAAUAGCGAGCAUCGAACAUGAAGUCGACCGUUGUAUUGAUGGUGUUAGGCACCUCAUUUCUUUUCAUCGGGAAUUCAGUGAAUGCAUGGGGCGGUAUUUACAAUAAUCGAUUCUCACCCGAGAUGCUACAAAACAUGGGCUAUGGAGCACCGCAUCGUAUUUACCAAGAGAGUGAGAAUUUCGCCGAAGAAAACGAGCUAGCUCUGGAUGACGAAUUAUGCUAUGGGAAACGAUGCACAGCCAACGAGCAUUGCUGUCCAGGCAGUGUAUGCGUUGAUGUUGAUGGAGUAAUGGGCAAUUGUCUAUUCGCUUAUGGACGAAAGUUGGGUGAACUGUGUCGUCGUGAUGCUGAUUGUGAAUCGGGCUUGAUUUGCGAUCUUUCAGCUGUAAGCGGAGCAAGUGUAUGUCGUGCACCAAUGGCUGUUGCUAAACAAUACGCCGAAGAUUGUCUCACGUCCAGCGAUUGUGAUAUUACCCGGGGAUUGUGUUGUCAGCUUCAGCGACGUCAUCGUCAAACCCCACGCAAGGCAUGCUUAUACUUCACCGACCCUCUAACUUGUCUGGGCACCGUGCAAGUCGAUCAGAUAAAACAGCACGAUGUUCAGCACACAGCGGGAGAGAAGCGAAUUACAUCCGCCUUCAAGCAUGUACUGAAGUAAGAUGAUGAAAACACACGGACGAACAGUAUACCCAAGCUAAAUAACAGCAGAAAAACAAGCAAGUUUCCGUUUCUAUGUCGUCCGAUUUAUCAAAAAAACAAAGAAAAUGCAUUUAUUUCACACAACACAAAAUCUACAGACAAAAAACACACACAUAAAUCAUGAAGACGAAAAAUGAAAACCAAAAAAAAAACAACUAAACAUAUCAAAAAAACACUACCAAAAUACUACUAAAAGUAAAAAAGCCUAUAAAAAACAUAUCAGUGGAUGGAGACGGUGCGUUUUUCGAAGAUUAUCAGCAUCCUCCUAAGAGUCAAAGCCGUACACUAAAGUGAAUUAAAACAUUAAUAUUUCUAAGCAAAGGAUAUAUAAUGAAAAUUAUGAAAGAUGGACAGCAAUGCUUUCAAAGCUUAUAUUCGAGUAAAAGUGGAGAUGAGAAGUAAUGUAAAGAUGAAAAAAAAACAGAGUGAAAAAAUGAGAGACACAAGAGAGAGAGAGAGAGAGCGAGAAACUCAAUUUAUCAACGUAGGUUGUAAUUGAAUAGUGAUUUUUCAGCACGAAAACAUUGAUAUUGAGUCAGUUCUGUAUGUGUUGAAUAAUCAGCGCUUAAGUCUAUAGAGUAAGCAAAAUGAGCAUAUAAGAUUUUUACUCGAGAAGAGAAAGAAAAAAACAACAUAAAGAUCGAAGAUGACUUUUGAACUUAUGAAAACAAAAAAUAAUGAAGAAAAAUAAAUUAUAAACAACCGGUACAUAUCAUUUAUGUCCUUAUUUAUUCCAAAGCGUUUGGUCAAUAAUGCAAAAUUAAAAACAUACGUAAAAAACACAAAAAACACCCCAAAAAAAUGAUGUCAUUGUAGUUUACGUAGAAUAAAAGAAAAAAUCAUGCAUUUUGCUUGGCAAAUUAAUAUUAAAUUCAAGCUAAACCACAAAAAUUAUAGACACAUUCAAGAUCUGAGAGUCCCCACUUCACAACAUCAACAAACACCACCGACACCAAAAUCAAAUUAGAUUCCCAAUGCAAAGCACCAUCACAAAUUUGAUUUAUUUGCAUGUCACCACCAUCCACAUUAAGAGGAAUUUAGGCUCGGGACUGUCUUAUGAAUAAGCAUAUAUUCGUGUAUUUAAGCAUUAGUUCCUAUUUUCAUGUCCAUAUUUUAUUUCCAACUAAUGUCUAAUUUUCUGAUUUGUCGUCUUUCGUUUCUGAUGUGUUUAUGUUCUUCGGUUUUUCACAAGACCCUCAACAAGUAAAUAUUGCAAUUCUAGAUUAACUUUUAAGACAAAAACAAACAAACAACAAAAAAGAUCAAAUCAAAUGAACUCGAAACGAUAAUAUAAAGCACACAAACAAAGAAGACUCGAAUUCGCAACUAAUUCAAUUUUACGCCCAAAAAAAAUGUAAAAACAAACAAACAACAAAGACAAUGCGACUUUCGAUCAAGUAAUCGAUAUACAAUGUAGUUUCCAAGGCACAUGUCGAUUAUUCAAUUUUCGGCACUGCGUUUGUUGACCAUAUCGAUUGCAUCGUUAGCAAAACGGUUUAGACGAUUUCAGUUUGAAGCCAUACCUAUUUUUCAUGUGGUGAACGGGGAUCGUUGUGAAUAAAAAAAAUCUAAUUUUUUUUUGUUUUAUGAAAAGAGAGAGAGAGUGACAAAAACGCGAUGCAUUGAAUAUAUAUAUUUACUUUGUCUCAAACUGUAACCAGCAGCAACCCUUACAUUUUGAGACACAGUUUUGAAUGCACUUUCAUUUCGGGUUUGUUAAACGAUGCAAAAAAUAAAAUGAAAAGCAUUUUUUUCACGUAAAAAUGAUGUGCUUGACAAACGCAGCGAAAAUUCACUUAAUUUACUAUUUUCAAAUGAGAAUAAAAACAAAAAUCAACAUAUUAUUUUCAAUGUAAAUUUUUUGUCCCUUUGUUUCAACCCCCCCCCCUUCCCUCGUAGGAUUAAAUAAGAAUAUUCAUAUACUUCUAAACCUCUAUUUACUUUGUUAACAAUAUAAUAUCCCAUUUUGCAUUUGCAACUGACACAGAGAUUUUAUGUAUCAAAUAGUCUGUGGAUUUUCCACCCUUCCCUCUUUCCCCCGUGUUAUACGAGAAUAAUUUCAGAAAUUUAUAUUCAUGUAAAUAAAUGUUUAAAGAACAAAGAGAGAGACAAGAAAACGGCUAUUGAACGAAGCAACAGAUUAUGAUUUGAUAGAGCAAUCAAAAUGUGGCGGUUCGUGAAUGUUAUGAAAGAAAGAGAAAAAAAACACAUAUUUUAUUCGCUCCAACAAUUACCGCAUAACAUUUGUUAAAUGUUGAGCAAGGGAUAUUGUCACGCGUCAAUAUGGCAUUGUCGACACAGGACCGCCGAAAUCGCUCAUCGAUAUCAUACCCAAACACUGUUCACUUCUCAGUAGCCGUUUUCUCUUAUUUAUUAAUAAAAUGGUGUUUUUUUCUAAAUAAAAUAUGAAUUGAAACAAAAAAAAUAAACGUUAUGCAACGUAAUUUAAUGCGCAAUGGAUACACACGAAUAUAAAUCUAAUUAACUGUGAAAGGCCUGGUAUGUAUUUUCACAUUGGCAUUAAAUUGAAAAAAGAAAACACAAAAAAGAAAAAAAAAGAUAAAAAAAAUACUUUAUUUUCUUCUUAAUAUUAAAUAAAAAUGCAAGCAUGAAAAUCAAUUAAGUGUUGUUGUUAGUUUUAAGCUGGAAACGAUCAUAUUUUUCAACUAUAUAUUGCAGAGAAACACAUAGAUUUUUUUCUCUUUGGUUUAACAUGCUAACAGCAAAAACAAUCAAUUUGUUUUUGACGCGCAUCUUCUAAAUCUAUUACAUUUUUGAACCAAACUAAAUACUAAUAAAACAAAUGGUUAUAAACAAUAAACUAUUUUCGAAAUAUGAAAAAAAAACAGAAUAUUUUUGUACGCUUUUCAAUAGAAAAAAUACAAAGAAAAAGCGAAAUAUACGCUUGUAUCUUAACAAAAUAUAUACUCAAAUCAACAAUAGCUGCGAACAUUUACACACAACAUUUUCUUUUCUGUCUCAAAAUAUGCACAAUUCAAAGCGAAACUAAUCAAUAACCAUUUUCAUUAUUUAUUUAUUUUUUGGUCACUAUUAAAUGGAUAAACAUAACAUACAAAACAUUAAAAAAAAAACUAUUGAAAUCUUAAACAAACAACAAAAAAAAAACAAUUCUAUAAAAAAAGACAAAAAAAUUUCUUGGUGUUAAUAUUGUAAAAAUUUAUUCAUAAAUAAAAAAAUAUAUUGUUUUGAAACAAUA